UCCUCUGCUGCUGUCACUGACGUCACCCGGAGUCCGGACCCGGCGUAGCUCCGUCAGCGUCGAUGUGCGUCUGGCAACAAAAGAGUUACAUUUCAAACAGUUUGCGACAUUUUGUCGACGACAGUGUUUUGGGGGACUUUAUCACAGGCAGCAGUCGCUAGUGAUGACACCGCCGCUGUUACUGUCCGUUGGAGGAAGAGGAAGAGGAAGGAGGUGAUGAUGAUGAUGAUGAUGAUGACAUGCAGUUAGCUGGCUGCCUGGCUGGCUGACGGACGGACUUGAGCCCACUGUGGUCUUCGGUGUCCACCCCUACUAAUCCAGACCAGGAUCCGGGACGACGACAGGCGAAGAUGCCGCGGAGAAAACAGUCCAACCCGCAGCCGGUGAAAUUGGAGUCGGAGGACGGGGCGGUGGUGUGUGAGCCGGGCUGUCUGGUUCUGGAGAGCGACUUCCUGCUGAGCGGAGAGCUGGAGUUUGGAGACUCUGAGAUCAUGGGGCUUGAUAGAGAGUCUGGUAUGACGGUCUUCUCUCUGAGCGUUGAGGACGAUGCUUCAGCACCAACAGACUCCAGCUUCCCAGCUUUCCUCUCCUGUAAAGGAUGUGGUCAGCUUCUGGGAGACACGCCUCUGGCUGCAGGUUUAGAUCUGGGUGUGGGCCUGGACCUGGGGGCGGAGCUUUAUUGUCUAACCUGUGAGGAAGGCCUCCAGCAUGAAGCCUCCAUCAACUCCUCGCAGAUGGAGGGGUCAAACCUGGCGGACCGCUCCAUCAGCGGGGGCUCCGACAGGAAGAGGAGAAGUGUCGGCAAGACAGGCGGCGCUGUCGGCAUCCCUCCUAAAGUUUACUCCUGCUCGCUGUGCGCCUUCACCUCCCGCUACUCCAACCAUCUGAAGCGCCACAUGAGGACCCACGACGGCCAUAAGCCGUACCGCUGCCCCGUCUGCCCCUACGCCUCGGCCCAGCUCGUCAACCUCCAGCGCCACGCCCGCACCCACACCGGGGAGAAGCCGUACCGCUGUCCCCAGUGCAGCUACGCCUGCAGCUCCCUCGGCAACCUGCGGAGACACCAGCGCAUGCACACGCAGGAGAGACCGCAGAGGAGGGAGAAGGAGAAACGGCGAGGGAGACGGAAAAAAGCUAGUGCUGAAACUGAAGAAGUGGUGUCGGACCUGACCCUGCGAGUGUCCCAGGACUCGGGUUACCUCCAGACCUUGGGGGCCCUCGGCUCUCCCUCCGCCCCGCUCCCUGUCCUCCUCUUCCCCCUGUGCUGCCAGGUGUGUGGCCUCACGCUGGAGGAGGCCGACCUGGAGGGGGACAAGGCGGAGGGGGAGGGCGACGGAGGACAGGUGUGUCGUCGCUGCUCGUUGGACCUGCUGUCUAAAGAUGGUUCCAGGCCUCCCUGCAGUCCACCCGCUCCUCGUGGAUCCCGGCGGGGUCAACGUGGCACCAAGCUGUACCGCUGCCCUCACUGCCCCUUCCUGUCCCACUACCCCAACCACCUGUCCCGCCACGCCCACACCCACUCCGAGGAGAAACCCCACCGCUGCCCGCACUGCCCCUACACCUCCUCGCACCUCGACAACCUCAAACGCCACAUGCGCGUGCACACGGGCGAGAAGCCCUACCAGUGCCCGUCCUGCAGCUACGCCUGCGGGAACCUCGCCAACCUGCGGCGACACGAGCGCAUCCACUCGGGCGCCAAGCCGUUCCACUGCGGCGUCUGCGGCUACUCCUGCAACCAGAGCAUGAACCUGAAGAGGCACAUGCUGCGGCACACGGGCGAGAAGCCGUACGCCUGCGCCGAGUGCGACUACACCACGGGCCACUGGGACAACUACAAACGCCACCAGAGGAAACACGGACACAACACGGACAGCUGGGAGAAGCACGCACCCAUCAACGGCCUCAGCUGGGGCAAAGACACUCAGGAGAGCCAGAGUCAGGGACAGGAGCUCCGCUAGAUACACUGUGUGUGUGUGUGUGUUUUACUAUGUUCGUGGGGUCCAAAAACCGGUAAUUCACUAUACUUGUGGGUUCCGACAGCUUUGUGGGGACAGAAAUGCAAGUUUAAAGGGUUGUUCGAAGGUCAAGUUUUAGGGUUUGGCACUUAUUUGUCAUGUUUGGUAUAAGGUCCCCACGAAGAUAGUGACACGUGAGAGUUUGUGUGUGUUGUAUACACUGGUGAACCUCCAGCAGCUCAGGUUGGAGCUAAACUCAGGUGCCUUUGACAGACUGCAGUGCUACACUGACUGUGUGUGUGUGUGUGUGUGUUGCAUACAAACAUUUGCAUCACACACACUUUUCUUUAGUAAAUGCAGUCCAGACUUAUCUUCUGGUCUUUUCUAUCUGUGUAACCGAUCUAGUGAAUUGAAAUGUUUAUUUUUUUUUCUCUACAGAUAAUCUAUAUUUUGUAAAUGUGGGUGGAUUUCUUUCAUAACAGCAGGGCGGAUCAUCAUCUCACAAGCAUUAAGUGGUUUUGAUUAGGUGGUGGUGAGUUUUGUUUUUUAUCCAGGAAAGGUUGCACUCAGUUAUUCAGUGGGGCUCCUGUGCAAGCUUCAGCCUGGUUCCCGACCUCCUGAAUCUUCGUCAAUGUCUCACAUUUUAUUUCCUGUUGUUUUUUUUUCCCCCUCCAAUCAGAGCAUGUUUGCAGCAUUAGGAAUAGGGAUGUCAUUUUCAGAAAAAAUUAUCACUAAAAUGUCAACAAAAACAGAAAAAUACUCUUAAAUCUCAGUCUCAAAGCAAACGCAAACUGCUGCUACAAACCACUACCACAACUGAGAAUUAUGUAGAUUAUUCAGGAGAAAACUAAACAAAAUCACGCAGCUCGCAGAGUAAUGGGGGGGAAGAAAUGUUAACUCAGUCUGAUCAUGAGGCUGGUGCAGGUUUCAAAGUUGAAAGGGAGUUUUACAGAGAAUUUUGGAAUUUGACAAAUUUAAAAAAAUGCAGAAUAUAACUUUUUGUUGCUGGAAAGUGCAUCAGACAUGUCUUGAAUUUACAUCUUCAAUCUCAUAAAAUGACCUUUUAUCUUAAAAUUAUAACUUUAUUUUCAUAACAUAAUGGCCUUUUAUCUCGCAUGUAAUUACAGCUGGAUUUGCGAAAUCUCUGACAUCCCUAAUAUGUUGUAUUCAACACUCAACAUGUCAAGAAUAUUUAACAUUAAAGAAUGAGUCCUUGUUUUGCUGCAUUGAGCCAGAAAAAUCUCUUGAUUCAAAAAGAAUUACAUGUUCAGACUGAAGCAAAAUGCUGUAAAAUCAUGACUUUAAAGAGUCGGGAAGGUUGGAGAUUUUAAAAUGCACAGGAGCCCUGCUGUCUGAGCGAGGCGAGUUUUCUGUUUGAACCUGACCGAUCCUUUCUAAUUUUUAAUUUUGUUUUUUUUUAGAUCUAUAUCCUGGAAAUUAAAUUAAUUUAUUCCAGACAGGGAGACUCCCUCACUUUUGAGACGACAUAGCUUGUUUCAGCCUAGAUGUAGUAAAAGAAUCAGCCUGUUUACCUCUCAGACAUCAGCAAUUCAGGGAAGAAAAGAAACAUACUGAGUCAAUAAACUCUCCAUUUUAUUAAAUCAUGAAAUGUUCCAUCAACCUGAAAAAGUUAUUGUUAUUUAUUUUCAGUUAUUUUAUAUAUUUUGUAAAAAUCUUGGCUCACAGAACGAGAAUUUGGUUUUGACAGAAGGUGAAGCUCUGUAGGUGAUGUGAAGCCCAUUUUCUUCAGGCAUUAUUACUCGUGUGUUAAUAAGCUAUCAAAUCAAGUACAGUCAAUCAAGUACAGGCUCAGAAAGCAGAUUAAGAUCAACUCUAAACGUCACAACUGAAUUUUUCAGGCUAGUAGAAAUAUAAUGGACUAAACAAAGCUGGCUGGAGAAUACAAGAACGUUUUAGAAACCAGUUACUCAACAAACUGGCCUUUUGCUUUUUAUUAAUGAUGGUUGGUGUUCAACAAGCAGUGGCACUCUGAAUAGGGAUUUGUGAUACUUUACAGCAAAAACAUCAUAUAUAUAUCUAUAUAUAUAAAAAUAUGAAGCCCUCAGAUGCUCAAAAACGUCACUGCUUGUAUGUGCAAACCUUUUCUGUUUCCAUUUUUUACCGAAGACUGUUUGUGUUUAAAGUAACAGUUUAAUGUUUUUGAAAAUAUGCAUAUUUGUUUUCUUGCCCAAAAUUAGAUAAGACAGUCUUAAUUCAGGACGUGGUUAGCCUAGCUUAGCGUAAAGAGGCGGUUAGAGUGGUUCUGUCCAAACUUUACAAAACACGACUACGAACACCUCCAAUGACACACGUUUUCUGUUUUGUUUGUCCGACCUGCGCACACAGACAGAAGUAAAAGUGUCGUCACAGUGAGGUUGCCAGGUGUGUUGUUCACAGUGCCUUCAUUAUCUCUAAUAAAACAAGUCUGAUUGAA